AUGGCAACAACACACUCAAAAGGCCUGUCAGAAGGGAAGAACAGGGUAGGAUGGAAGGCAGCAGAUCAUCAGAAUACAGAUGGGAUGAGUUGGACAGAACCUUUGUGUCAAGAAGUUCCAGCACUUGGAAUGAAUGAAAAGCUUAUUUGGAAACUACCCAAAGGGAAGAUCACUGAGUAGACAUGAUUUCUUCUUCUUGUGUUCUCAUCAGUCCAGUACCAAACAGGGUUAUAAAUGAAGAGAGGGAGAAGCCAGCUGGUUAUUGGUAUCUUUAAACGUGACUAAGUACCAACAUUCAGACUCAAGAUCAUGGCUGAAUCAGGUGAUAGCAAUCGACUUAUAGUCAUGGAAGUACAUCAACUUAGACACGCACAAAGUUAUCAAGAUACAACUUCAGUGGGGCUGAAAAGAGUGCAAAAGCGUUUUCUUCAGAAAGAUGGAAACUGCAAUGUAUACUUCAAACACAUCUUUGGGGAGUGGGAGAGCUAUGUGACUGAUAUUUUCACCACAUUAGUCGACAUUCAGUGGCGCCAUAUGUUUGUGAUCUUCUCAUUGUCCUACAUUCUUUCCUGGUUGUUCUUCGGCUUGGUCUUCUGGUUGAUUGCACUCCAACAUGGUGACUUGUCAUCUGAUGAAGAAAUCACCCCUUGUGUUGAUAAAGUCCAUAGUUUCACAGGGGCUUUCUUAUUUUCUCUUGAAACCCAGACAACCAUUGGCUAUGGAUCCCGUUGUGUCACUGAAGAAUGCCCUGCAGCAAUCCUGAUGGUUAUCCUUCAAUCAGUCUUAGGUUGCAUUAUUGACACAUUCAUCAUUGGAGCUGCCUUGGCCAAAAUGGCAACUGCCCGGAAGCGAGCUCAGACAAUCCGUUUCAGCUAUUAUGCUACUAUAGGCUUAAGAGAUGGCAAGCUUUGUCUGAUGUGGCGUGUUGGUGAUUUCCGACCCAAUCAUAUGGUGGAAGGCACAGUAAGAGCCCAACUCUUGCGGUAUGUGGAAGACAGGCUGGGGAGAAUGGUUUUGGAAUACAAAGACUUAAAACUGUUAAAUGACCAGAUCAUUGUUGCUACUCCAGUGACCAUUGUACAUGAAAUCAAUCAGGACAGUCCACUGUAUGAACUGGAUAGAAAAACCCUGGCAAAAGACAACUUUGAGAUCCUGGUGACUUUUGUUUACACUGGAGAUUCAACAGGGACAUCACAUCAAUCAAGGAGUUCCUAUGUGCCUCGAGAAAUUCUUUGGGGCCACAGAUUCAAUGAUGUUCUGCAGCUGAAGAAAAAAUACUACAAAGUUAAUUGUCUUCAGUUUGAAGAAACCACAGAGGUUUAUGCUCCUUUUUGUAGUGCAAAGCACCUUGAUAGAAAGGAACAAGAAUACACAACUUGUGAUAGGACCUCAGAUAAAGAACCUGGAACAUCUUCAGCAUUAUUGGGCCUCAGAGCACGGUCGUUUAGUGCGGACACUUUAAUCAUCCAUUCUGAAAUGUCAGAUAGAUCAGCCAAAGUGCCUCAUCAAGUCAAUACUAAGGAGCUUCCAUAUGAGAGUGCUUUAGGGACUUUAAGCAGAAUCUCAAUGGAAUCUCAGAUCUAGCAAUCUGUGACCACAGCUGUUGUGAUCUUUUUGCAGGGUGGUGGCAUUUUUCAAGCGCACACAUUUAAACUGAAGUAUUUAGGAAUCUGGUCCUGAAAUCAUCAAGAAAAGAAAUAACUCCCCAAUUAUUUGAGAUUUCCUUUUACUUUAAUUAGUAUUUAUGUUUAAUACAUAUUUUAAUAGAUAAUUCAAUUAUUAUUAAUUUCAUUUAAAGUCACAUUUCUUUGGUAGUUAUAGCAUUUCAUAGGUCGAUUGUAUAAUUCUAAAAUGAAUUCUCUGAAACACAAAGGAAAAUCUAUUUGACAGAAAUUCAUUCAGAGAGAUUGUUUGAAUAUAACCAUUCUAAAAUUCAUGUAAUAAUAUUAUUUAGCCAUUCAUUAAUACUGAAUUGCUCUAGAUAAGUGUGCUUAGGAGUGAUCUACAAGUAAUUAAAUUUUAGGUGUUCCCUAUCAAUAUAUAUGUCUAUGUUGAAGCAAAACAUUAAUAAAAAUUAAUAAAAAUCUGUAUUUUGAACUGUUGACAAUAUUGUUUUUGAGGUUCAUGUUAGGCUUUUCUUGAGGAAAUGUAAGUGUCUAUAAAAAUACUGAGAUUUAGGUCUCUUUCUCCAAUCUUUUGCAGUUUCAAAUAAAAAACUUUGCAUAAAUUGUGAAAAAAGCAACACAUACUGGAAAAAAAAGCUUAUCUUGCCAAAAUCACAAUUCAAAGAUAUGUUCUUUGCUUGCACUUUAUAUUAAUGAUUUAAUUGUGGCUUGUUUUAUAUGGGAAGGUCAAGGCAAGGCUCACGUAUAGGCAGUCCUUAAGUUACAAACAUUUGACCUCCAAAUGACUCCUAGACAUUAGGAAGUGAGUGAAAUCUACCCCUAGGAAGGGGAAUUCACCCCUGAAAGAGUUGUCACAAGGAAAAGGGGUCUCCACCGAAACUUUCUUGCCAAUCUUUGUUUCUACAACAAACCAAACUUUUCAAAAUCCAAUGAUCAUAGGGACAGAAAGUGAAGUGAAAUAAUCUGAACUGGAGCACAGUCAGUAAAAUAAACACCACAGAGGUGUCAUCCCUUCCCUACGCUAUUCAAAGCUGGAGUUACACUUAAAAAUGCUACCUGUUCUGACUUACAUGCAAAUUCAACUUAAGAACAAACCUACAGAAUCUAUCUUGUUUGUAACUUGGGUCUGCCUGCGUAUAGGUUGAGAACUUUAAUUGUGCUUGUUUUCAUAGUGUAAUCAAUCUUUAAAAUUUGUAUUGCAUGUCUGGGGAAAAAUAUUUGUAACUUGUGUAGAAAAGAUCGUAUGAUGCCUCUAGGCUUUUUUAAUUUAGUCUUCAUUUCUUUAAGUUCUCAGUUGGGCAAUUUUCUUUACCUCCAUUUAGUAACAUAUGUGGCUUUUAAGCUCUGAUUAUGCCAACAACUGUAACUCUAACUGCAUAGGAAAAUAAAGA